GGCAGGCAGCGGCGCUGCUCCCGCGUCACAGCGCCAGGCGCGGCGGGGAGAUGCGGCUCCUGGCGCUGGCGGCGGCCGUGCUGUUGGCGCGGGCUCCGGCCCCUGAGGUCUGUGGGGCCCUCAAUGUCACCGUGUCCCCGGGGCCUGUCGUUGACUACCUGGAGGGGGAAAAUGCCACUCUUCUCUGCCACGUCUCCCAGAAGAGGCGGAAGGACAGCUUGCUGGCUGUGCGCUGGUUCUUCACGCGCCCAGACUCCCAGGAGGCCCUGAUGGUUAAGAUGACCAAGCUCCGGGCGGUGCAGUACUACGGGAAUUACAGCCGCAGCUCCUACCGGCAGAGGCUGCGCCUCCAGGAGGAGAGGCGCGGGGCGCUCUACUCACUGUCCGUCCUGAGCCUCCGGCCGGCAGAUCGAGGACACUACGUCUGCAAAGUCCAGGAAAUCAGCAAGCACAGGAAUAAGUGGACGGCCUGGUCCAAUGGUUCCUCAGCGACAGAAAUGAGAGUGAUUUCCCUCAAAGCUUCUGAAGACUCAUCCUUUGAGAAAAAGAAAGAGACCUGGGCAUUUUUUGAAGACCUGUACGUGUACGCCGUGCUCGUGUGCUGCGUGGGGAUUCUCAGCGUUCUGCUCUUUACCCUGACCAUCAUCUGGCAGUCUGUGUUUAGCAAGAGGAAAUCCAGAGUGAGACAUUAUUUGGUGAAAUGCCCUCAGAACAGCUCCGGGGAGACCGUCACCAGCGUGACCAGCUUGGCCCCACUGCAGCCCAAGAAGGGCAAGAGGCGGAAGGAGAAACCCGACAUUCCUCCCGCAGUCCCUGCCAAAGCUCCCAUCGCCGCCACGUUCCACAAACCGAAGCUGCUGAAGCCACAGAGGAAAGUCACCCUGCCAAAGAUUGCCGAGGAGAACUUGACCUAUGCUGAGCUGGAGCUGAUCAAACCCCACCAGACAGCCAAAGGCGUCCCCACCAGCACCGUCUACGCCCAGAUCCUCUUCGAGGAGAACAAGCUGUAACCCAUCCGCCACCCCAGUUAUUUAUGAAACCUUGGAUACAAGAUCCUUAUUUUUGUAUUUUCACUUAUGCCUUCUGUGUGGGUGGGAGCCCCUUUCCAGUGACAUCCCAGGUGCCUUCGGAGAGGUACGAGGCUCCUCUCUGCAAAAGACAGGUCUCCCAGGACAAGAUUUUCUGGGUCUGAGCCCUGACGGGUGAGGACUCUGAUUCUGAGACCACCCAAGGAGAUUCUCUGCUGAGCCAAACCCCUUUAUGUUUUCUUCUCCUUUCUCUGGCUUUCAGUUUGUUUUAAUCCUUUUAAAAAUCUUACUUUUAAUCUUCUACUCUUCCUGUACCUGUGAUAGCAAGCUCAUAGUAUUUAGCUGGAGGAAAUGCCAUUACAGGACCAAGUGUGAGAUGGUAGAUAAGAUACUAACUGGUUUUCAAAGGAUCAGAGAACAUUGCCGGGGCACCCAGAACAGCGCAAAGUGCUUAUCUAAGGCAGUUGCUCAAGAUCGCAUCUCUUGUUUUAAAUAGAUGCACCGACACUGGCGAUUUAGAGGCCAAGAGACAGACUGUGGGCAAGUCUGAGGUCUAAGCUGACAGUGAACUGUCUGAAGACCCCGGUGCCCGAUUCCCCACCCAUUAUCACCCAAGGCCGCAGGACGAGUAGAGCGUUGUCCAUUCUAAGGGCCUGCACCCCUCCCGCAGUGGGGCUUCUGCAGGUGGAGAAAUUUACAUUCUCCAAGAAGUUCUCACUCACCCUCUUCCAAGGGCGCUGGGGAGUUUUCCAUUGAUCGACAGGAUGGAAGGCCUCUGGGAAGGGUGCCAAGGUUACCAGCUCUAAUUGAAUGUCCACUUGCGUGAAAGCAAAUAGUCUUCUGCCUGGUUCCCCAAUAGUAGGACAGUAGGAAAUACAAGCUGAGUUGGAAAACUGUGUCCCGAACACCCCUGUGUUACAGAGUGCCUUGCCCAACUCAACUAUGCAUGUGAAUUCUAAUGCCCUUGCGGGGGAGGGAGGCUGGGAGGCAUGGCGUCUAGAUCCCUGGGGAAGUUGCUCUGUGGACCUGUUCAACAUCCAGGAUCUCCCUGGAGGCAAAUCCAUUCUGGAACACAGCCAUCCUGUCAACUGUGUUGUUAAGGACACUUCUUGAUGUGUGAGUGUGCUUGGCGGUUUUUCACCGCACACUAUAGAAAGUUUGGCUUUGUAAUGGACCAUGUAUAUAUGGUAAAUUAUAUAUUUUAAACACAA